AUGGAGACCACCUGGGAGACGUUAAUCGCAUCAGCGACACCUCGCAAUAAUGCCGAGACGUCGCCGACUGGCUCUCUUCUGUCGGAUCCUGGCUCUGCCACACCCACGGACUCCAGUGCCGCAGCAACUCAGUUAAUCGUCUCCGCCGACGACAUGGACAUGGUAUUAAAGGGACCUUCUUUCCAAUCCAGUCUGGCCUCCGUCGCCGAAGAAGGCGACAGCAUCUCGGAUGCUUUACAAGAGGCCUCACAAGCCACGGUUGACGCCGACGCGGCUGCAUCGGACAAAAAGCAAACAAAAAAGCGGAAGUCGUGGGGCCAGAUACUCCCCGAGCCAAAGACCAACCUCCCUCCUCGCAAACGCGCGAAAACGGAAGACGAGAAGGAGCAACGCCGUGUCGAGCGCGUUCUGCGUAAUCGCCGGGCAGCACAGUCGUCUCGAGAACGGAAGCGCCUCGAGGUCGAGGCUUUGGAGAUCCGGAAUCGAGAGCUCGAAGAACAGCUGGCAAAAGUCAGGAGAGAGAACAUGCUGCUGUAUGAGCGCUUGACCCAGGUGCAAGGCAAAUCGGCUGUGGUUUCCACGGCGAACCCCCCUGUGACCCUUUCACAAGAGCUUUUCCGCUCCCAAAACGGCCACUCAUUUGUGUCCGAGUCCGACGCGGCACUUGGUCCGUUUCUGAGCUCGGGCACGAUCGACCCUGUGUCACUCUCCCCUGCGCUCCCCCCAGUACCGGACGCGAACGGCGACGAGGAGACGAUUCCCGAGGACAAACUCGCCUCCUCGGAACAAACGUCCAACACGACUGAGCAGCAACAACGCAUUGCGCAAGCCCCCGGCGAGCAAGAGCGAUCUGAACCGGCCGCUUCCAGCGCCCGCGUGUCUGUCGGCGGAGGAGCCUCAAGCGUGGACCGUCCCUCCGAACUCGCCUCCGUUGAUGGCGGCUUUGUUCUACCAGACGACUUUGCUUCUCAUGCUCUCUUCCACGGUGAUUUCAAUCUGCUCUCGGCCGGUGACCCAGAUCGCUUUGUUCUUGAAAGCGGGUAUCUCGAUUCCCCCGAGUCCGGCAAUUCUGACUUCCAUUAUCUGGCUGAUCACGACCCCGUCUCGGCGGUCCAUGGCCCAGAAUUCGACAUUGAGGACUUUCUCAACGCCGACGGCGCUCACCAGCCAUCCAAGGGCGAUUUUUUCUUCGGCGAUGGCGGCCUCGACGCGGCCGGGCCGGGCGUCCACCACUCUGCGGCUCAAGAUGCUUCGGAAGAUCCUGACCAGCAACCCCAUGCUGGCGCGUCCUAUUAG